GGAGUGUGCACGAACCAUCACCAAUGCCACCAAUGGGGAGAGUGCGUGUUCGCUGAUGGCUCGCCAUACGGACAGUGUCGUUGCCGUGGAUGGUACACUGGCGACGGAGUGGAUCACUGUGGACCGCCACAAGAGCAUCGUCGUGAAGAGCCGCGUCGAGAACUCGUCGAGAAGAAGAACGUCGAGAGGAGCCCCGUAGAGAAGAGGGACCUCGUCGAGAAGACGAACGUCGACAAGAGCGCCCAGAUGUGGGCACGUAUGAAGGAGCGAGGCGCCCAUGCGGUCACCACAUAUGCGACACAAAUGCCGACUUCUGAAUGCGUUUGCCGAGCAGGCUACGCAGGGAACGGAAUCACCUGUGAAUCGCUGAGCGAUGAUGAUACGGAAGAGGAGAGACAUCCACCCGUACAAGAAGGAACAGUUGGUGAGAAGAGCUGA